GUGAACAUAACGACACGCCCUGUUAAUUUUUUUACUCUUAAGAGUUUUGAUUUUUAAAAAAAUUCUAUAAUUCAAAAUUUUAAAUUGAAAAUAAAGUUUUGGUUGUCGUUUUCUAAUUAGAAUUUUAAUAAAUAUGACACUUUGUGUGUCACUUAUUAAACUCGCGGAGUUUGCUGAGAGAGAUAAAGAAAAUAAUCAAUGUGAAUAAUCGAUAAGUUAUUAAUUUACAAAUAAUAAUUAUAAAUAAUGGGGAGUGGUAAGAUAUUUAUAAUUUUAGUCAUUAAUUUUUUCUCAAAUUGUCGAUCAUACUGCCCGGAUAAAUGUGAGUGUAGAUUGGAACGAGCACCUUGGAGUGUUGUUUGUUCUCAUCAGGAGCUCAAUGAAUUUCCAAAGAAAAUCAGCGGCUUGUCAGAAGUUUUGGAUCUAUCGAACAACAAUUUAAAGAAUAUUCCAGCAGAUAUAGGCCGUCUUAGAGAGUUGAAGAACAUAAAUUUGUCGAUAAAUGAAUUGACGAAAUUACCAGAAGAGUUUGAAAACUUGUGGAAACUUGAACAGCUUGACUUAAGUGACAAUUAUUUUUCAAACAUCGGGUUUAUUGAAGUUAUAUCAAGUUUACCGAAUUUAAAGCAUUUGACUUUGAAAAAAAAUCCGUUGACUAGUAUACAGGAUUUGGAAAAUUCGAGCGUUCGCUAUUUAGAUGCUAGCGAAUGUUCAAUUAGUUAUCUGAACAAUAGCUCAUUGAUUGGAUUUCCCAAUUUGAUGUCACUGAAGUUGGAUAAAAAUCCAUUGAAAUCAAUUGAUAAUUUGAGUAACCAAAAUCUCAAGUGGUUGGAUUUGUCAAAUUGUUUGUUAAAUUUUUUACAUCCAAAUACUUUUGUAAAUACACCGGAACUUGAGCAGCUGCGCAUGUCUAAUAAUCCAACAUUAGUUUACAGCAGCAGAAAAGAAACAUUAAAGCAUGAGAAACUAAAGCGACUUGACGUCUCAAAAUGUAACUUGGAUCGGCCAGGACUACACGGUCUUCCGUCACUAACCCACGCAAUACUCUCCCACAAUACAAUUCGUCUGCUGCCUGAUCGAAUAUUCUCAAAAAAUAAAAAACUCACACGUCUAUAUUUAAAUAACAACGGGUUGACGCAAGUAAACCAAAGUUCUUUUGUCGGGUUACCAGAGCUAGAUAUACUAGAUUUAUCAAACAAUAAUUUGAAAUAUUUACCAUGGAAUCUACUCCGCGACAAUGCUGACUUACGUCUGGUUAAUUUGUCUUACAAUAACAUCAACGAAAUGCCUAAAAACUUUACAACCUCAGUCCUGAUUGUCGAUCUGUCAUACAAUUUAAUUGAAUAUAUUCCCAAAGAAAGUUUGUCGCAGAUGCCAGCAUUAAAAAUUUUAGAUUUAAGUAAAAAUAGACUGGAGUCAUUUACUUCCGGUGUGGAAUCACAAACUCUGCAAAGUCUAAAUUUAGAAGGCAACAGAUUAACCCGACUAUCAAAUGAUAGUUUUGCUUACUUACCAUCUCUCGAUAAUAUAAAUUUAUCUGGUAAUCGACUAACAGAAGGUAUUAGUCACAGCAUAUUUAGUUUUAACGACAACCUCAAUACAAUAAUUCUAAACGACAAUCCCUGGCGUUGUGACUGCGCACAAUUGUAUUCAUCAUAUUAUUAUCUUACUCAGUCAUCAAAAACGGCAUCGUCGAGUCUUAUAUGUGAAAGUCCAGCAAAUGUAUCUGGAUAUUCAUGGUCGACAGCAUGUCGAUCUGUUUGGAACCGGGACCGUACAGAAAUUCGACAAUCUGACAGGACUUAUGGAUUAGUAGUAAUGGGAUUUUUGAUAGCUGUCCUAAUUUUUGGAAGCAUUGUUUCUGUUACUCAUACUUUCAAAGAAAAAAGACGUCAAGCUUUAUUGAGAUUACGUGAAGCUGAACGUGCGGAAGCUAGGGAACGAUUGAUUCUUCAUAGACGAAGUCAAAUAGAAGAGUCAAGACGCCAAGAAAAUAUUCCACGUGUACAUCCAGAAGAAUUAAUAGGACCGCCUACCUAUGAAGAAGCUGUUCAAAUGCCUAGACUUGCUCGAUCACUAGAAACAUUGGAUACAAUAUCAAUAGAGGGAAUCGGUCAAUCUGCACAAUCCCUUGAUCACGAGACAUUUAAUCGCAAAAGACGGAGACAACGCAAGCGCGUAGUAAAACGGACUAAAAGUGAGGACACUCUUGACUCCAGAACCCGAGAUACUCAAAGCUCUACCCGUAGGGUAAGAAAUUUAUCGCAAAGUAGACGACCCAGUGCAGCAUCAACUAGAAGAGUUGAACCUAAACGCUCGGAUAGAAACUUAGAUCGACGUCACCCCAAUGAAUCCGAAGCCUCUGGCGUUGAGAACAAUUGGGAAAGGACUCUGAGAUCGCGCCCGAGCUCGAGAAAAAAUAAGCGACUAAUAAAGCGAGACGAGCACUCGAGUGACGACGAGGAUUCGGAUGUACUUAAAAAUCCUACGGUCAGUACGAGGCGUGGAGUCGAUCUUGAUAACAUACGGGUGAUCGAAUUACCACGUGAGCCUCGUAGUGGAACCUACAAACCGCCGGUAUCUCCAUCUCUUUACACUCCAUCCUCGCCUUCACUGAUUUCCUCACCAGAACCGUGUGACACUAAUCAACAAAUUUCUAGAAGUAGAUUUAUUUAAUAUUAAUAUCAUCAAUGAUAAUUAUUAUAUUUUAUACAAAUACCUAUAAUAUAAAAAUCAUUUUUAUCUAUUAAUUUUUUUAUUGAUAAAUUGUAAUUUUUUUUAUGAUACUGAAGUUAGC